AUGAGAAGAACCACGGUGUCUCCAUCCACCUCCGCCUCUGCAAAUGAUAAUAUUAAAUCAAAAGACUUCCUAUCCGAGGAGUCUGAAAUCUACGAUGACAUUGAACGUGACGAAGUCGAGGAGAUUGAAAAGGGCAAUGCUACCCAGACGAGAAGCGUCCACUUGUGGCGGGUGAUUGCGACGUUGGGGUUGAGCAUCACCGGUAUCUGCGUCACGGGAUGGUCUUAUAUGAAGCUCCGCGAACAGGAGAAAGCCAACUUUGUAGACGCGUUCGAACAGUUUUCCACCACGGUUGGCCAAGCAGCCGUCGACGAGGUCCUGCGAAUACGAGAAGCGGCAAGGAGUUUUACAGAGACACUUCAAGCCACUGCCGAGUUGACCAACACAACUUGGCCUUACUAUGAUUACUACCACGGGCUAAAUGCCUUUGCGUCCGAGCAAGUUUCCGCCAAGAACAUGGAAAGCAUUGGCUAUCUGACUCGAGUUCGACACGAUCAACGAGAAGCCUACCUAGACUUUCAGCGAACCCGACAUGAGGAAUGGGUGCAGGCAGGUCACAUGGACGCUUACGGCAACAUGGACAGGCUCUUUCCUGACCUAUAUCAAGAUGAUAUCCUUGGAUUCAACAACACGGACUUUUCCGUCACUCCGUCUCCCGACAGGGAUGAGUACUAUCCUUUGGCAUACCGAUUUCCUCCUCCCAACAGUUACUUCAUUGUCAACUUUGACAUUAGCUCCAUCAACUACGACGACCUCUUUGCUUCCCUUUUGUCCAUGGGGAAUCAGACGUUGCUCUCCAAUAUCAACCCGUAUAUAGAUGGCGACGAUGCAGAGAAAGAGUAUCACGCCCAGUUUCACGACCGACUUCCAGGAGACCGAUCGGAUUCCUCCUUUCCGCACUCCUUCCUCUUUCAUCCAGUGCACGGACCCUCCUCCUCCAAUGAUGGCGCCAAACCACCAAUUGUGGCAGUCGUGACCUAUCCCAUCGCCUGGGAUGCAUCCUUGCGACGCCUUCUUCCAGAUCAGGUCAAAGGUAUCAUUGCGGUCGCUCGAAACAAUUGCAAUCAAGCAG